AUGUCCAUCAUCCAGCAGCACUCCGAGGCGACGCUCGGCGACGCCUGGCGCACAAUCAACAUCGAUGCCCUAGAAGAGGACUCGCCCCUCAACUUCGAUACGUCCACAUUAUCUCCCCCGCAGCCCGAAAUCUCCGAAAGCGAUGUUCGCGGGCUCGCCCAGCAGGAUGCGCAUCUGCAGACUAUCACCGAGGUACUCCAGUCGAUCAAGGCAAGCGAAAUGACCCCGCUACUUAACCGCAUCUACGGAUCGGAGGGAGGAAGUGAGCUUUUGGAUGUUCUCGUGAAAUACUUGUACAAAGGCAUGGCUGCCGGAUCUGCGGGGCCUGGGCCUAGGAGUCCUACCCGCAUCAUUCCACAGGCCACCGGUGGAUUCAGCCAAGUAGGGUCGAGGCCAGGCGCGGCGAACGAAUCUGUUACUGCUGCUAUGAGCGUGCUUCUUAGCUGGCAUGAGAAGGCUGUCGAGGUUGCUGGGCUGGGGUCGAUUGUGAGGUGUAUGACUGAUUUCAGGAGAGUCUAG